CCAAAUUCUGGUGCUUCCCUUAUCCCCCCAUACCUACAUCUUCCGCAGUCACAAGCUGUAGCUGGUUGGCCUUCGGAAGCCUGCGAAGGAAAUGUCGACCGAAAUCUACGCCGAAUACCCACCGGAACUGUCGACCCAGCAGGAAAGAUGGCUGAUCCAGACCGUCAAAGAUUGGACGAUAGAGCAUGGCCUCGCUAUUAGGCCUUCUACGGCUAUAGUGCCUGAAAAGACGAAUCCUGGGAAUGUUCUGGCCACUAAUGCGCCAGUGACACUAUUCCCAAGCCCUUUUCCCAAGUCGUGCUACGACCAGGCUAGGAGCCUUCAGCAGACCUACAACGAGCUUUAUGCUGCCAUAGCUAACGACGAAGGUUGGCUAGAAACGAUAAUGGAGGAACUGAUAGAGGUGGACGACUUUCUCGCCAAACUGUGGGAGACCCACCUGCGUGUCAAGAAAGACGGAUACGUCCAAAACAUGACUCUAGGCAUGUUCCGAUCAGACUACAUGCUACACACCUCUGAAGACUGUCCUCCAUCUCUCAAGCAGAUCGAAUUUAACACGAUAUCCUCUUCCUUCGGAGGUCUAGCGUGCCUUGUCGCUGAAAUGCAUACCCAUUUGGCAACAUAUCCCUCAGCACAGCAUCCAGUCGCAUACCCUCCACACCCACUAUUCAGCAACUAUGAGAGCACAUCCAUCAAAUCCAUCGGCCACCCGCCUUCCAAUACCGCGGUGUCCACAUUGACAGCUGGCCUUGCAGCCGCUCAUCAGGCCUAUGGCCCCUCUAAAUCCUCGCCGCAGCUACCUACCUGCAUACUCUUCCUAGUCCAAGACGAGGAACGCAACAUCUUCGACCAACUAGCCCUAUCCCGCCAUCUGUACAAACAUCACGGCAUCCCGUCAUUCCGCUUACGAACAAGCAAAGUCAUGUCCGACACGUUCUGUGCUUUCGACCACCCCUCACGACCGCUAGUUUACACGCCGCCGUCCUCUCCAUCGACAAAGUACGAAGUGACAGUCGUCUACUUCCGCGCCCUGUAUUCUCCGACGGAAUACGAGAAUUCCGACUGCUGGGCCUCGAGAUAUUGGCUCGAGCGCAGCGGCGCCAUCAAAUGUCCCAGCAUCCUUCUGCAACUCGCCGGCUCGAAGAAAGUCCAACAAGUCCUGACUUCCCGCCCUCCUGGUCCAGACUACCUCAAGGCCUUCCUGCCCAACCACUCCGACGCCACUCUCGACAAUCUUCGCUCGACGUUCGCGCCACAAUACUCCCUCUCCUCCACUGACCCGGCGGUACAGGCCGAAGGCAUCAAACUCGCGCUGGACAGGGCCACUGCUGCGAACCACGUCCUCAAACCCCAGCGCGAAGGAGGUGGGAACAACAUCUACCGCACCAACAUCCCUCCUUUCCUCAAAUCCAUCCCAGAGUCUGAAUGGAAGCAGUACAUCCUCAUGGAACUGAUCCACCCACCUGAACAGGCUCACAACACCGUCCUUCGCAGUGACGGCGCCGUCUUCAUGAGCGAUGUCAUCUCCGAGUUGGGCAUAUUCGGUACCUGUCUGUGGAAAACCGCCCCUGGCGUCAAGCAGCCGGAGGUCAUGCAUAAUACAGAGGGCGGAUACCUGAUGCGCACGAAGGCCAAGGACAGCGAUGAGGGCGGGGUCGCCGCCGGGUUUAGCUCGCUGGACAGCUUGAUCCUCUACGAGGAGGUGUGAUCUCGAAACAAGUCACUUUGCACAGGCGUUCUAUACAUGUACAUAUGCACUCGUCGCAAUGCCAAUAUCAUUGUCUAC